AGAUAAAUGAAAACAUAACUUGAAAGCUUUAAUCCUAUCCUAUCCCAUCUUAUCUUCGUUCUAUCUCUUCAUUGCGAAUUCGAAGCAAGACCUCAAUAACUCUAACGCCACAGCGGCGCCUGGAAUUGAGAAAUAGUUAGUUACUGCUGGCUGAGGAUCGUUGUCAGAAAGAAAGAGAAGAAUAAGAGGAGAUGGCCUCUCACUCGCAGGUUUUGGUGGAAGAGAAAUCGAGUGUUAGAAUAUUGACACUGAACAGACCAAAGCAGCUGAAUGCUCUGUCCUUCCAAAUGAUAUCUCGGUUGCUGCAACUGUUCCUUGCAUAUGAGGAGGACCCUAGUGUGAAACUUGUUAUCCUUAAGGGUCAGGGAAGAGCCUUUUGUGCUGGUGGUGAUGUUUCAGCUGUCGUUCGUGACAUCGGACAAGGCAAUUGGAGACUCGGUGCCAAGUUCUUCGCAGAUGAAUACAUGCUCAACUAUGUUAUGGCCACCUAUACCAAACCUCAGGUUUCAAUUUUGAAUGGUAUUGUCAUGGGAGGCGGAGCUGGUGUCUCCGUCCAUGGUCCAUUUCGUAUUGCUACUGAGAACACGGUUUUUGCCAUGCCCGAGACAGUUCUCGGGCUCUUUCCGGAUGUAGGCGCUUCCUACUUCUUGUCUAGACUCCCUGGAUUUUUUGGUAACAAUACUCUCUCUUUUUUUUUUUUUGCAUUUCCUUUAGAUCCACAGGCUAUCUCCCUCUCUCACCCUUCUUGUUCAGGAGAGUAUGUUGGCCUCACAGGAGCUAGGUUAGAUGGCGCUGACAUGCUUGCUUGUGGUCUUGCUACUCAUUAUCUUCCUUCAACGAGAUUGACUGCAUUGGAAGCAGAACUUUGCAGAGUUGAUUCAAGUGAUCCAGCCUUGGUCUCAACAAUUCUCGAUGCAUACACACAGAAUCCGCACCUUAAACAGCAGAGUGCUUACCACAGGUUGGAUGUUAUUGAUAGGUGCUUCUCGGGGAGAACGGUGGAAGAAAUUAUAGCUGCACUUGAGAGAGAGGCCACCCAUGGAGGCGAUGAUUGGAUCUCAAGCACUAUUAGAGCAUUGAAAAAGGCUUCACCAGCAAGCCUUAAAAUCUCUCUUAGAUCGAUAAGAGAAGGAAGGUUGCAGGGGGUGGGGCAGUGCCUUAGCCGUGAGUAUAGAAUGGUGUGUCAUGUGCUAAAGGGAGAUAUAAGCAAAGAUUUUGUGGAGGGGUGCAGAGCCAUAUUGAUUGACAAAGAUAAGAAUCCAAAGUGGGAGCCAUGGCGGCUGGAGGAGAUGAAGGAUCGGAUGGUAGAGCAGUACUUCAAGAGAGUGGAGGAAGAAGAGGAUCUAAAGUUUCCAGCAAGGAAAAAUUUGCCAGCCUUAGCAAUGGCAAAGCUGUGAAAUGGACAAGGUGAUGGAGCACUAUUGGGUUUAGGUCUAAAAAGGAAAAUAAAUGUAAUAAACUACUAGGCUUGUGUUGAAUUGGCCGGCCUUGCAUAUUAUAUACAUACAUACAUGUAGUAUUGUCAAAUUUGAAACAUGCAGUAUUGAUAAUGCAAAACAGUGAGAAAGAAAAAAAAUUAUUAUUGUAAUCAAA